UGUUUGGAGCUCAGCUUUGCGAAGCUUCGUUGACUUUGCGCGCAGGCAGCUCAAGUUAGUUGGUGGCGAGCAGCGGAGCAUUUCGGCUGGGCAGCGACCGAAGCUAAGAAAUUGAAAUAGCAAUUGCAUAACUGCAACAACACUUUUUGUUGACUUUGGAUGAGCCGUAGGGCAGACACAAGCUCAAACUCUUCUACAAGUAUACAAAAAUUGCAAUCACCAUGAUUGAGCGUGAAAUUAUUCACACAACAACCGCCUCCAAACGCAUAUUUGCUGUCAUUCAGGACCUGUUGCAGUUCCUUGUGAUGUUCGGCCGCGUUCUCCUCGAACUGAUUGUCAUCCUGGCUCAGGCGUUUAUGUCUAAAAAGGAAAAGGAUAUCAGCAAGGAUGUUGUGCUGAUAACUGGCACUGGCCAUGGCAUUGGUCGAGAGCUGGCCCUCCAUUAUGCCAGCUGGGGCAGCACAGUUGUCUGUGUGGACAUCAAUGAGCAAAACAACAUGGAAACUGUGCAGCAGGUCAAGCAAUUAAACCGUGGUGCAGUGCACAGUUUCAGCUGCGAUGUGUCAAAGCGGGAACAGGUGCUAGCGCUGGCGGAACGCGUCUUGGCGGAAGUUGGUCCCGUCACUGUGCUGGUCAACAAUGUGGGCAUUAUGCCAACUCAUCCUUUGCCACAGCAGUCGGCUGAGGAAAUCCAACGUGUAUUUGAUGUCAACGUAUUCUCGCAGUUCUGGACAAUACAAGCCUUUCUGGGUCAAAUGAAGGAACAAGGACGCGGUCACAUUAUUUGUCUGUCCUCUAUUGCUGGUCUGGUGGGUUUGUCCAAUUUGGUUCCAUAUUGUGCCACCAAAUACGCAGUACGUGGUUUAAUGGAGGCUUUGCACGAGGAGCUGCGUGAGGGACCCUACAAAGAUCUAAUAAAAGUCACCACCAUUUUCCCCUACAUGACCAACACCGGGCUGUGCAAGUACCCCAAAGUAAAGUUCCCCUCGAUUUUAGGCCUACUGGAUCCAAAGGAAGUGGCCAAACGGAUUGUAGAAGCACAUCGAGCUGAUUGUGUGGAGGUAACCAUACCCAGAUCUCUACUGCACAUCAACAACUGGACCCGAAUUCUGCCAAGCAAAUGUGGUAUUAUGCUUAAAGAUUAUAUUGAUAGUGGCGUGGAGUCGGAUUUGAUUUAAUUUUAUAUUUUGCCCGCCCUUUUUUAGAAAUUACAAAUCUGUAUCGUAAAUUAUGGAAAUAACAAAUAUAUUUGGUCUCCAAAGUA